CCCAAAACACCCGCAGCGGCGACCGGAAGUGCCGGGGUUAGCGGGGCGGAAGUGCAUGUCAGCGGGGCGGAUGUGACGCAGACACAGGAGGCGGCGGCUAUUCGGCCGGCGAUGCGGGUCUGUUCGGUGUUCGAGGCCUCGGGCCUGGGGCGGGGUCUGCGGCCGGUGGAGGGGGCGGCGGCUCCGGCAGAGGACACUGCGGGUGAGGGGAGGAAUGAUGGAGGGCAGGCUCCGCCAGAGAUCUCCGACAGGAUGUCCUGCUCAGCUUGUGGGUGCAGCUUCGACAGCCGAGAGGAGCAGACUGAGCACUACAGGCUGGACUGGCAUAGGUUUAACUUGAGACAAAGACGUGGGAGCCAAUCAGUCUCUGCAGAGAGCUUCGAGAGGAUAGCAGGGACAGGUGAAAUCUCCAGUAUAUCUGGCUCUGAUUCGGAGGAGUCUGAUUCCUACACCGAGCUGGAGGGACUGCACUGUCACGACGCACGCGAUGUUUCCAGUCCAGGGAGCAGGGAAUCUCCUGGAGAAGAGAAGCCUCAGUGUCGCCGCAGUACUCGUGUCCUCUUUAGGUCCGCUGAGGGCGAGUACCUCUCUGUCUAUCGCUGUGUCCUGCAAGGAAAGCAGACACCCGGGGAGGAUGAGGACAACGAUAUGCUGGCUUCCCUUCUCAGCCUCAACCCCGAGACAAUAUGGGUAAUCCUCAUGACAGGUGGCGGACACUUUGCUGGAGCAGUGUUUCGAGGGGAGGCUGUCAUCCACCACAAGACCUUCCACCGAUACACCGUCCGGGCCAAGCGUGGCACUGCGCAGGGAGCUCGGGAUGGACAGAAUCGAAGCCACGCACCGAAGUCAGCGGGAGCCUCGCUUCGCCGCUACAACGAGGUGGCACUCAUCAAGGAUAUAGAAGAUUUGCUACUGAGUUGGACUGAGUUCCUGCAGGCAGCCAGCGCCAUCUCUCGAGCUCCCAGCUACAACAAAGGCAUCUUCCUCGGUGGUAAAGUGCCGGCUCUGAACCGCGGUGACAACCGACUGCGUAGCAUUCCCUUCAGCACCAGGAGGGCCACAUUCAGAGAAGUGAAACGGGUGCACACAGCCCUCUCCACUGUGGAGAUCUAUGCGGGAGACACGGAUAUUGCAACAAUCCACAGCCCACAGAGAAGGGUUUGGACAAAGCCACGGAAAUCUGCGGAGGACACCCUGGGUUCUGACGAGUGCGAGGACGUGGUUAUCGAACCCGCUGAUUUACCGAGUACCCUCGAAGUGGUUGAAGAAACGCUGGGAACCUUGGACCUCCGGGAAUUCGAAGUGUCACCAAAAAGAAAAGGAGGAAGAAAAAGAAGAAAGUUACUGCAGAAAAGUGAUGGAGCGAGAAGGGGACGGUGGCUGGCACUGGGGGUGGGGGGCGGGGACGGGGGGAACGGGGCCUGUGGUGUGUCUGGGAGGGGGGAGGUGGGUCCAGGAGUGACAAGGUGUGUGUUAUUCGCAGGCAGCGAGGGUUACCACGUGCGUGAUGAGCUGUACACGGUGUGCCGGACUGGAGACGUGCGGCGCCUGCGGGAGUUACUCCGUGACCUGCUCCCGCCUCACGUCCUGGAACCAGGCCGCUCCUGCCUGGUGCACCCGUCUGGUCCAGCUGCAGACAGCAGACAGGGCCCGGAGCAGACAGCAGACAGCAGGUCCGGACCCUGUGGGGAGACGGCUGUGGUGAGGGGGACCCCAGACGAGGGGGGUCUCCGCCCUGGGGUGGUGACGGCAGACGUGCUGAGGGAGUCAGUGGACGAGUCGGGAUUCACCCUGCUCCACGUGGCGGCUGCCACGGCACAGACCUCCGUCCUACGUCUGCUGCUUCUCGCCGGCUGUGACCCGGCCCACAGGGAUAAGCGAGGCCGGCCUGCGUACGCCGUGUCUGCAGAUCGGGACACGAGGAACGAGUUCCGCAGGUACAUGGCCGAGCACCCCGGGCAGUACAACUACGCGAGAGCACAGAUUUCUGCUCCGUUAACCGGUGAACUCGAGGCACGUAAAGCUGAUAAGAAGCGAGCUCAGAAAGCAGCCCGUAAGCUGAGGGAGAAAGAACGGAAGGAAGGAGGAAAGAGAUUGGAAGAGGAAGAGAUUGAGAAGAAAAGGUUCUCUGCAUUGAGUGAGAGAGAGAAGAGAGCCCUGGCUGCAGAGAAACGCUUUGCCCAACAGUUGGUCAGCAAUGGAGCGAGUCACAUCAUCAGGCGCUGUUGGCUCUGUGGCACAUCCCUGGUGGGCAGAGUCCCCUUUGAGUACCUUGACUACAGCUUCUGCACCACCCGCUGCCUUCAAGAGCACAGGAGGCAGCAAAGGCUGUGAGAGAGAGAGAGAGAGUGGUCUACCAGUGGCUGGUAGGAGCCUUCCUGCAGGACCUCCACUCCCAUCACUCGGAUUUCGGGCCCGUUGCUGUAGUGAUGACCCGGACUUGCUGAAAUGGUCGCCCACCUCCUAGUACUAGGGAAAGGUGGAGCUCUGCUGCGGGGGAGG